GAACCUAACCAAUAUAAUGCUCUUCAAUUCUUCCUCGUUAUAUUCCAAACUUCAUAACCCAUCCAUUUGCCAUUAUAUUGAUGCUGCAGAUCUAUCAGUCCAAUUAAGAAACUGUAUGUACUGCUUGUAGCUAGCUUAUUAGAAUGGCGAUGUUGAGAUCACUAACCACAAGAAAAAGCCCACUCGCCUACGAGCAGUUAAAGGAUGAAGCCCCGCUGUUCGAGCCCAAGUUGAGCAGAACGGCGAGCGUCCCGUCUGCUAAAAAUAUUGGCGCCUCCGUCUUUAGUUCUUCAUCGUCCAAGAAAGUGACGAUGUCGGAAGAAACGAAAUCGCAGGCCAAGAAAGCGGAUAAGGCCAGCAAGAUUCACCCCAUUUUCAGCCUCUUCGAUGGGCGGCGGAAGAGCAAGAAGGUUACGGCCAGGCCGGAGUUCUCCAGGUACGUCCAGUAUCUCAAGGAAGGUGGCUUCGGAGGUAUUAUGGACAUGGCCAAUAAAUCAAACAUGUCUGCAAAAUGAAUUCAACUACUGCUCUUUCUGCUAUUUCUUACUCACAAUUUGCCAUCCACAACCAACUAAUCCAACUAUUUUAUGCUAUUUCUUUUCGGUGUAAUUAUUACUGUUUGGUUUGAGUUUACAAUCCUCAUGAAUUGGUGACAAAUUUGUGUUAAAUAACACCAUUUUAUUUACUCUCAAGGAAUAAAACUUUUGUCACAUGUUCAGAUUUUAUUAAUGAAAUUAAAUAAAGGAAAAAUUGUAAUUCCAA